UUCCCUCGUCGUCCUUUUCUACUGCACCAGAGAGAGAGAGGGAGAGAGUGUGUCUAACGGCGAAUAUGGAAGGGAUUGGAUUACGCGGAGAGAUUCUCCGUCUCGGGUUCACGCCACGCCGUGGUGUCUCCGGCCGCUCUCCGGUUCUCCGGCGAGCUAUGGUGAUAAAGAUGAGAGACCGCAGCAAGAACAGGAAGCCACUGCAGAGAGGUCGCAUGCUCAGUAUCGAAGCGAUUCAAGCCGUCCAAGCUCUAAAGCGAGCCAAUCCUCCUCCUCCUUCAACGUCUCCGUCUUCCUCCUCAUCGAUGCUCGAUCGCGUAAUCGAUUCGAAAAUCCGCCGGCUCUUGAAAUUCGAUAUGGUCGCCGUUCUUCGAGAGCUAUUACGCCAGAACGAGUGCUCUCUAUCUCUCAAGGUUUUCGAAGAGAUUCGAAAGGAGUAUUGGUACAAGCCUCAGGUGAGACUAUACGCAGAUAUGAUCGCUGUAAUGGCGGAUAACAGUUUGAUAGAGGAGCUCAACUACCUUUACGCAGCUAUGAAAUCAGAGAAGGGAUUAGUGGCUGACACAGAGAGCUUCAACACGCUCUUGGUGAUUCUUCUGAAUCAUAAGCUGUUUGAACUUGUCAUGGACUGUUAUGCUUUUAUGCAGUCGAUAGGAUAUGAGCCUGAUAGGACUUCCUUUAGAAUCCUUGUGCAAGGUCUUGAAUCCAAUGGGGAAAUGGGGUUAUCGGGUAUAGUUAGGCAAGAUGCUCAUGAGUAUUAUGGCGAAUCGCUCGAGUUUACUGAAGAAGUUGAAGACAUCUCUAGUCUGUUGAUCCCACAAUGGAGAAGAUAAAGUUUAGAGAUUGGAGCUUAAAUAGUAGCUUGAAGUUUGAUCAUACUGUGUACUGAACUCUAUAAAGUAGACCCAUUUUUCUAUCUGA